CGGCUGGGACGCCGACUUGAACAUAUCCGGGUUGAACCCGAAUUAGAUAUCGGGCGAAAAACUGAACACGACCCAACGGAUCCGUUCCAGUUUUCCUAUCCUUCAUCACCCAAACUCGCGUAUUUCUUCUUGCCUCUCUCUAACACCGGAGUGUUGUUUCUUCGAACAUAAUCCCUCUGCUAAUUAAUGGCGAGGAACUACGUCGGAGAGAAUGCGCCCCUCUCCCGAUUCGGUAUCUUGGUGGCGCAAUUGGAGUCCCUAGUGGCAUCUGCAUCGCAGAAGUCCCCCGACGCAUUGCUCUGCUUCGAUCUUCUCUCCGAUCUCAUCUCUGCCAUUGACGAGGAGCCUAAGGAAUCUAUUUUAUUGUGGCAAAGAAAAUGUGAGGACACAUUAUAUUCUUUGCUUAUUCUUGGAGCUAAGCGGCCUGUGCGUCAUUUGGCAUCUAGAGCAAUGGGGAGGAUAAUGUCUAAGGGUGAUAGCAUCUCGAUAUACUCAAGGGUUAGCAGUCUGCAAGGGUUUCUUUCUGAUGGGAAGCGAAGUGAGCCACAGAAAAUUGCUGGUGCUGCACAAUGCUUGGGAGAGUUAUAUCAACAUUUUGGGAGGCGAAUAACUUCGGGUUUGCUUGAAACAACUAUUAUUGCUACAAAACUCAUAAGGUUUAAUGAGGAGUUUGUGAGACAAGAAGCUCUGAUCAUGCUUCAGAAUGCUUUGGAAGGAUGUGGUGGAAGUGCUGCUGCGUCAGCUUAUAAUGAAGCAUUCCGUCUCAUAACACGGUUUGCCAUUGGAGAUAAAUCAUUUGUUGUUAGAAUAGCUGCUGCACGUUGUCUGAAGGUUUUUGCCAACAUAGGAGGGCCAGGUUUAGGAGUUGGAGAACUUGACAGUUUAGCCUCUUAUUGUGUCAAGGCCCUUGAGGAUCCAGUAACAUCUGUUCGAGAUGCUUUUGCUGAAGCUCUGGGUGCAUUAAUUGCUCUUGGAAUGAAUCCUGAGGCGCAGGUCCAACCGAGGGGAAAAGGCCCUCUCCCUCCAGCAAAGAAACUAGAAGGUGGUUUGCAGAGGCAUCUAGCUUUUCCCUUCAUGAAAGCAAGCGGUGCUCGAUCAAAGGACAUUCGAAUUGGUGUAACUCUAUCUUGGGUGUUCUUUUUACAGGCUAUUCGACUUAAGUAUCUUCUUCCAGAUAGUGAGCUUCAAAACUACUCAUUGAAUGUCCUGGAAAUGCUUCAUGGGGAUAAUUCUGUUGAUGCCCAUGCCCUGGCAUGUGUUCUCUACAUUCUACGUGUUGGAGUAACUGAUCAAAUGAUGGAAUCUUCUCAAAGAAGCUUUUUGGUUUUCCUUGGGAAGCAGCUCCAGUCUCCAGAUGCCACUCCUUCAAUGAAAAUUGCAGCUUUACGGACAUUGGCAUACACUUUGAAAACGCUAGGGGAGGUCCCACAUGAAUUUAGGGAGCUGUUUGAUAACACAGUUGUUGCUGCAGUAUCUCACUCUUCCCAGCUAGUACGAAUUGAGGCUGCUUUGACAUUGCGCUCCUUGGCUGAGGUUGAUCCUACCAGUGUUGGUGGCCUGAUUUCUUUUUGUGUGACCAUCCUAAACGCUUUAAGGGAAGGUCUUUCAUUUGGAAAGGGAAGCAAUGUGAAAGUUGAGCUGGAUUCUUUACAUGGACAAGCGUCGGUGUUGGCUGCUUUGGUGUCCAUUUCACAAAAACUACCUCUUGGUUAUCCAGCUAGAUUACCUGGAUCAGUGCUUGAAGUUUCAAAGAAAAUGUUGAUGGAAUCUACUAGAAAUCCUGUUGCUGCAACAGUAGAACAAGAAGCUGGGUGGUUGCUCUUAUCUUCAUUACUAUCUUCAAUGCCAAAGGAGGAGCUCAUGGACCAGGUCUUUGAUAUUCUUUCCUUGUGGGCUGGUAUUUUUAGUGGACACCCAGAAGAUAUACCAAAGCAAAAUGGAGAUCUAACAUCUAAGAUUAGCGUGUGGUCUGCUGCAGUUGAUGCACUUACAUCAUUCAUACGGUGCUAUGUUUCUUCAAAUUCUGCAAAUGCUGGGAUUUUACUUCAACCAGUGAUAUACUAUCUUAGUCGGGCAUUGUCGUAUAUCUCAGUGGUGUCUACCAAAGAACUUCAAAAUAUUAAGCCUGCUGUUGACGUAUUCAUCAUCAGAACUUUAAUAGCAUAUCAGUCCCUGCCUGAUUCUGCAGCAUACAAGAGUGACCAUUCACGGAUUGUUCAAUUAUGCACAAUUCCAUACAGAGAUGCUUCUGGAUGUGAGGAAAGCUCAUGCUUGAGGUUCCUAUUAGACAAAAGAGAUGCAUGUUUGGGCCCUUGGAUUCCUGGCAGGGAUUGGUUUGAAGAUGAACUUCGUGCUUUUCAAGGUGGAAAAGAUGGUCUCAUGCCUUGUGUAUGGGAGAAUGAAUAUUCAGGUUUUCCUCAGCCUGAGACAAUAAAGAAAACCUUGGUGAAUCAAAUGCUUCUUGGUUUUGGAAUUUUAUUUGCUUCUCAGGAUCGUAGUGGGAUGUUGUCACUUCUUGGAAUGAUUGAGCAGUGCCUAAAGGCUGGGAGAAAGCAAUCAUGGCAUGCAACUAGCAUAACCAAUAUAUGUGUGGGGUUACUUGCUGGAUUGAAGGCUUUGCUUGCUUUGCGUCCUCAACCUUUAGAGCCAGAGAUAUUAAAUUCAGCACAGGCUAUCUUUAAGGGAAUUCUAGCUGAGGGAGACAUUUGUGCAUCACAACGUAGGGCAUCAUCUGAGGGUCUUGGUCUUUUAGCUCGCCUUGGAAAUGAUAUCUUUACAGCAAGAAUGACUAGGACGCUGCUUGGUGAGCUAAAUGUUAUAACAGAUUCUAACUAUGCUGGGUCCAUUGCUUUUGCCCUUGGGUGCAUUCACCACAGUGCAGGAGGGAUGGCAUUGUCAACUCUAGUGCCUGCAACUGUCAGCUCUAUCUCUUUGCUGGCUAAAAGUGCAAUCCCUGGCUUACAGAUUUGGUCUUUGCAUGGACUUCUUUUGACCAUUGAAGCUGCUGGCUUGUCCUUUGUAUCUCAUGUCCAGGCAACACUUGGCCUCGCUUUAGAGAUUCUAUUGUCUGAAGAGAAUGGACAAGUUGACCUCCAGCAAGGUGUAGGACGCCUUAUAAAUGCUAUUGUUGCUGUGCUAGGUCCUGAUCUUGCCCCAGGCAGCAUUUUCUUUUCACGCUGCAAGUCUGUUGUUGCUGAGAUUAGUUCCUCACAAGAAACAGCCACACUGCUUGAGAGCGUCCGCUUUACCCAACAACUUGUUCUUUUUGCUUCACAAACUGCUUCAGUGCAUACCCAUGUGCAAACUGUUCUCCUGACUCUUUCAUCGAGACAGCCAACUUUAAGGCAUCUUGCUAUCUCCACUCUACGACACCUAAUUGAGAAGGACCCAGUUUCCAUUAUUGAUGAGCAAAUAGAAGAUAAUCUAUUUCAGAUGCUGGACGACGAAACUGAUUCAGAGAUAGGGAAUCUGGUACGUGGUACAGUCAUGCGAUUGCUCUAUGUAUCAUGCCCUUCACACCCUUCUCGUUGGAUAUCAAUAUGCCGUAACAUGGUUCUUGCAAUGUCAACAAGAACAAAUGCUCAGAUUAGUAUCAAUUCAGAAAAUGAUUCUGUUAGUGGCCCAGAUAUUGACUUAGGAAAAAAUUUUGGGGAUGAUGAUGAAAACAUGGUUUCUAGCUCCAAAAGUGCAUCAAGUCAAGGUCAUGCAUUUGAAGCUUUGACUGUUAACUAUAAUAGAAAUCAGCACCUCAGAUACCGAACCAGAGUUUUUGCUGCUGAGUGUUUGAGCCAUCUACCAGAAGCUGUGGGAAAGAAUCCUGCUCAUUUUGAUCUCUCUUUGGCAAGGAGAAAAGCUACUGAUGAACAGUCCAAUGAUUGGCUAGUCCUACAUGUGCAAGAGCUAAUAUCAGUUGCUUAUCAGAUUAGCACAAUUCAGUUUGAAAAUAUGCAGCCAAUUGGUGUUGGACUUCUAAGUUCCAUUAUAGACAAGUUUGAAAUGACUCCUGACCCUGACCUUCCAGGACACCUCCUACUAGAACAAUAUGAGGCACAAUUAAUAUCAGCUGUUCGCACUGCACUAGACACAUCUUCUGGCCCUAUUCUUUUGGAGGCUGGUCUACAGUUGGCAACUAAGGUUAUGACAAGUGGAAUAAUUAGUGGUGAUCAAGCUGCAGUUAAGCGCAUUUUUUCAUUAAUUUCACGCCCAUUGGAUGAGUUCAAGGACUUAUACUAUCCAUCAUUAGCUGAAUGGGUCUCAAGUAAGAUCAAGAUUAGACUUUUGGCUGCUCAUGCCUCUCUCAAGUGUUAUACAUAUGCUUCCUUGAGGAGACACCAUGAUGGGGUGCCAGAUGAGUAUCAAGCAUUGUUACCAUUGUUUUCAAGGAGUUCUAGCAUUCUAGGGAAGUACUGGAUCUGGCUUCUGAAGGACUACAGUUAUGUCUGCUUGUGCUUGAAUCUCAAGGGAAAUUGGAAUUCAUUCCUUGAUGGAAUUCAGUCACCUUUGGUCUCAUCAAAGUUGCAGCCUUGUUUAGAAGAGGCUUGGCCGGUUAUUUUGCAAGCACUCGCACUGGAUGCUGUUCCUGCAAAUGUUGGUGUGAAUGAAUAUUCAAAAACAUCCAUUGAAAAUGUAUCAAGAAAGAGCUUAAUAUCUGGAUAUAGUAUGGUUAGACUGGAACUUGAAGAAUAUCAGUUUCUUUGGGGCUUUGCUUUGCUUGUACUAUUUCAGGGACAACACCCAGCGCUUUCAAGACAAAUUAUACCAUUAGCUUCUGCUAAAGAAAAACAUGGUGGAGAUUCAUCAUCUGAAGAAUUAACACCUUCAGGCUUGAAGUUUUAUGAUGUUGUAUUGCCAGUAUUCCAGUUUCUCUCAACUGAAAUGUUUUUCUCAGAAGGUUUCCUUACUGCAAAUAUUUGCGAAGAAUUGCUGCAGGUUUUCUCAUAUUCUAUCUACAUGGAUAGUUCAUGGAACAGCCUGGCUAUAUCUGUCCUGUCGCAGAUUGUGCACAACUGCCCUGCAGAAUUUCUUGAAGCAGAAAGUUUCACUUGUCUGGUGGUUGAACUUUGCUUGGGCUUCCUCUUCAAAGUCUUUUACAGUGCUGACACAAUUUCACCUGGUCAACCCAACUGGGAGGAUUUGAUAUCUCCACUUUUUAUUACCGGGAAGACAAUAAUGAAGCUUUUUGAACCAAAGAAGCAAUUAAAGUUGGUAGCAUUGCCAUUUCUAUUGGUUGGUUACAAGUUCAUUAGACGAGCUUCGACAGAAUUAUCCCUCUCAAAAGUUAUUGAUUUUGUCAAGAACGCCAAUUCAUUAUUAAAGGAACUUGUGGAUGAUGCUCAUAAACUUGGUGUUGAUGGCAUUCUCCACCUGAAAACAAUUUUUUGCACCUGCCUCAAAGAUAUUGCUACUUUGAUUAAGGAUUGCAUUGAGGGCAUUCAUCUACUGGAUGAUGAAAGAUCCAACUUACGCAAAUUACUGCAUUUGAAGCUUGCAUUCUCUCUCGAACAAAAUAUUUUGUUGGCCAAGCUAACCCAUGGAAUUCAACAUCUUGAAGACAACAAAGACAGCAGUCUUCUCUUUCUUUCAGUGUUCAAAUUUUGCAUUGAAUAUACUAAAACCGUACUUAAUGAUUCACAUUUACAGGUUCGAGCAAUUGGAUUGCAAGUGCUGAAAAGUGUGGUGCAGAGAAGUAGCACAAUAGAAGAUAACACUUUCUCAGUACUCUUUAUCGGAGAGCUUCUUGGAGAUAUUUUCACCAUUGUCCAGAACUUGUUGAAGAAACCUAUAACUAAAGAAUCAGUGGCUGUUGCUGGGGAGUGCUUAGGAGUCUUGAUGCUUCUUCAAACACUGUCAAGAGGUAGUGAAAAUCAGAGAGGAUUUAUGAAUCUCCUUCUAAUAGGCGUUCUCAUUAUCUUCUCAGCAACAGAGGGAGAUUCUUCUCGGGAAGCCAGUGACAUGAGAAGCACUGCUCUGAGGCUUGUCUCUCAUAUUGCUAAGAUCCCUUCCUCAGCUGUUCAUCUUAAGGAUGUCUUGUUGUCUAUGCCUGUAAACCAGAGGCAGCAACUUCAGGAUGUUAUUCGUGCUUCUGUAGCACAAGACCACAGUUCACCCCAGAUGAAAACCACGGCAUCACCAUUAGAGAUUAAACUGCCGGUGCCUACUGAGGGAAGAAGAGAGAAAGAUUCUCAAACAUCAGCCAUAGAAAGACAACCAAAAGAGGAAUCUGAAGAAAAAAGUUUACCUUUAUCAGCAGCUCCUCUAAAAUCCAAUGAUGACAGCAUGAAAGAGGAUGAAGCAGAUGAUGAUGAUGAUGAUGAUGACUGGGAUACCUUCCAAUCUUUUCCUGCCUCUGGAAAUACGGAUGGGGUUGAUUCAAAAGUUGAAGAUGUUACUCACCUUGACAAGGACAUUUCUGUCCUGGAAAUUGGUACUGAUGACUUCCAAGACUUCUCAUCUUCCCAACCUCUCAACAAUGCAAAGGAGAUCACUGAUGCAGAGCAUUUAGAGGUGGCUAAAGAAGUAAUAUGUGCUGGCUCAGGGGAUAGGGACAUGGAACUCUCUGAUGAUAACCUUGACUCAAAGCCACAAGAAGGGGAUGUGGAGGUGGUACCAAGCUCAGAUAGGAAAGAUAAUGAUGAAGAGUCGUCUAUUCACCAAAAUGUUGAUGUGGUGAAUGAAUCAUCUGUAGAAAUUGAGGACCAUGAGGAAAGACAGGACAGCCUAGAAGCAUUUGCAGAUGUUCAACCAAAUGAAGUUUCUGAAGUAUUGGGUGAAGUGAAUGAAGCUGACCAGGAGCACCAAAUGGAUAGAGAAGAUAAUGAAUUCGAUGCUCAUCUAUCAUCAGAUCUGCAGCAUCCUGAAGAAAUUUCUGGUAACAAAAUUGUAGAUGAAGGAGAUGAAGUUAGAAAAUGAUGACGGAGAAUGAGAGUCAUGAGCAGGAACAAGAGAUUCAUGAUAACAUGGAGAAGUAAAUUGGCCGAGGACACUUGCUGACUUGCACUUCCCUGGAUGAUGACAUGCAAAAAACUGCACGCUAUGCAAAAUUAUUCAUGGUUUCUCCGGCAAUUCCCUCUUGAUUCUACGAGUAAAAUUUACCAAGUGUCCAUGUUUCUCUUGGUCAUUGUAAUUGCGUACGGGUAGUUUUGAACUAAUUUUGUUUGUUUUCUUCUCGUAUUUCAGAUUAAAGAUCUAAUUUUACUCUUUCUUUUGGUAAAGAACCCUAGUUUGAAACUCUCUCUAGACUCUGCACCUUGUGUUUUGAUGGCACAGCAACUUAAUUAUGAUUUAUAGGAGACAGAAAGGGAUGAAAAUAAACAAAACUGUUGUGC